GCUCUACACCGAACACCGAGUUUGGUCAUCAUCAGUCUUACUCCGUUGCACAUCCGCAACUUACGACAGCGUGCCAGGCUCGUCAGGCUGUAGCCGCAUCAGCUGCGGUGUUCGUCGCGGUUCUCCCCCUUCAAAGCAAAGGUCGGAUUGCCUGUAGUAGAGCUCGAACGGAGCUCCGGGAGCUCUCCUUCCCCGCCCGCCCUUCCGCUCCGGACCAUCCGGAGUCCAGGUCUAUCGGGCCUCUGGUUUUCUCAAGACGUCUCAAACACCCUCAAACACCCGCCGCUCACGCAAAUAACAUUCACCAUGUACUCCCUUUUCAGUUCGGCUGUCGAACCGCGAACAGCGACAAUCAUCGCCACGACCGUCGUUGCCACGCUCUCCGUCCUCUCCCUUGCCCGGCUCGCACUCUACCCCAAAUGGGGCACCGCCAUUUCCAACCCGCUCAAGACCAAGAUCCCCACGCUUGAGGCCGAUGAGGUCAAGAAACUGCCCUACCAUCCGGACUCUUUCCCGGGGGCCCGGGACGUCGAGACACCGUACGGCUCCAUCCGCAUCUACGAAUGGGGCCCCACUACUGGCCCCAAGGUCAUUCUCAUCCACGGCAUCACUACCUCCUGCAUGACCCUGGGCCCCAUCGCCCACGCCCUCGCCGCCCGCGGCUGCCGUGUCAUGCUCUUCGACCUCUUCGGCCGUGGCUUCUCCGACGGCGUCGGCGACCUCCCCCAUGACGCUCGGCUAUACACCACGCAGGUUCUGCUCGCCCUCGCCUCCUCGCCGCUCGCCUGGUCCGGCACGAGCUCCAUCCGGGUCAUAGGCUACUCCCUCGGCGGCGCCAUCGCCGCCUCCUUCGCCGCCGCGUUCCCGCAUAUGGUCGAGAGCCUCGUGCUCCUCGCACCCGCGGGUCUCAUCCGCGCCGAGAACUUUGGCGUUCUCGCCCAGCUGACGUUCCAGUCGGGUCUCGUCCCUGAGCGGAUCCUCGCCGCCCUCACGCGCAAGAGGCUGCAGAAGCCGCUGGCGGGCAAGCGCUCAAACGCCGUCGCCGAGGAAGACGACCCGGCGGAGACAUUCGUCGACAUCGCGGCCGCGGAGGUUUCGGGACCCAAGGGCACUGCCGAUGGCGAGGACGUACAGGUCGAGCGGAAGGUGCGCGAGUACGUCCCCUGGAUGGUGGCGCAUCACGAGGGCUUCGUGCCGGCGUUCAUGUCGUGCGCGCGGUGGGCGCCGCUGACGGGGCAGCACGAGACGUGGCGCGCGUUGGGGAAGAGGGUGAAGGGGACGACGGCCGUAUUCAUUGGCAGGACGGAUGAGGUCAUCGACGUCAGGCACUAUGUCAAGGACGGGCUGCCGUUGUUGGGCGGCAAGGAGAAUGUGCUGUGGAAGGUUCUUCCUGGCGGUCAUGAUUUCGUGAUGACCAAGACAGAGUUCAUUAUGCGCGAGUUGGACUCGUUGUGGGGCUUUGAAGGUGCGGUAAUGAGGUAAUGAAAGCGACUUUGGGUUUGCGACAACUGGCAAAGACAGGCGGACAGACAUAGAAGGGUGCGCAAACUCGGACACUUGGAUCGCGGAAAGGCAUUACAGACGAACCGGUGGGGAGGGCAUAUCCUCGGGUUUCAUCAGCAUACGUCAAUACUACAGCAUUGGAAUUUCAUGGAAUUUCAAGGUCGUCCGUCUGCCCAUGUUUGCCAAAAGGGUCUUGUGUUGUGUUUUCUGUUUUCCAACCACAGUA